CCUUCUCAUCCAUCAAUAGGCCUUCAAAUGAAGAGCCCCGAGAAGAAACGCCGGAAGUCCAACACCCAGGGCCCUGCUUACUCCCACCUCUCGGAGUUCGCCCCUCCGCCGACCCCGAUGGUCGACCACCUGGUGGCCUCGAACCCCUUCGAGGAUGACUUCGGGUCGGCCAAAGUGGGCUCCGCUUCCGCCCCGUUCCUCGGCAGCCCCGGCCCGUUCGGGAACUUCCGCAUGCAGGGAGCGAUGGGACCCCAGGUUCCCCCCGGCUACGGCGGGGGGCCGCAGCCGAUGCGGAGGGGCAACUCCGGCCACCAGCCGCCCCCCGGGCUCGUCUACCCCUGCGGGGCCUGCCGCAGCGAGGUCAACGACGACCAGGACGCCAUCCUGUGCGAGGCCUCGUGCCAGAAGUGGUUUCACCGCGAGUGCACCGGGAUGACGGAGAACGCCUACGGCCUGCUGACCACCGAGGCCUCUGCCGUCUGGGCCUGCGACUUCUGCCUGAAGACCAAGGAGAUCCAAGCCGUUUACAUCCGCGAGGGCCUGGGGCAGCUGGUGGCGGCCAACGACGGCUGAAGGCGCGCCGGCGGAGCGGGCCGGACCUCUGCGCCUCGGACAGGCUGGCCCGCCUCAACCAGGACAUUGCUGGAAACGACGGGCCCUCGGUUUUAUGCCGCUAGAGGGUUUUUUUGGACCUGAACUCGAACUCCUGCUUUACGCCGACAGACCUGGCCGUUGAACGUGGGUGGUCAGGCCGCCUCCUUCCCCUCCACUUGAGACUCUCUUGCCCCCUUUAGGGUGGUCAGGACAGCUCCCUGAGCAGAGACACGGCCCUUCAACACACUUCCCCUCUGCCCAUCGAGGUGACCGGCUCGCUCUGCCAAAGAGGAGGGCCGGCCCUCGCUCACGUACGCCCGUGGAGACGCGUGGCAGACUUUCUGCACGUAGAGGCGUGAGCUGCUUGGUGGAAAAGAUUUUUGUAUGUGCGGUUUAAGUUCCGAGACCUCCAGGAGCAAGGGAAGGAGGUGGGAAUCAUUGUCUUCACUCUGAACGUUUUGGACUCCGACCCCUUCCCCCCAGCCAGCGUAAUGGAUUAUGGACGUUGUAUUCCAAAACUUCUGGAUCGCCAGAAAUUCCCUGCCUCCAUUAAGGGACAUUAUUUCCUGCC